AUGAAGACAGCGUACUGUACGGCCUUCCUGUUGAUGUUCUCGCUAUGUGUGGAGAUGGGGAGAGCACAGACCACAGUGAAGCCGGGUGUUUGUCCUCCGGAACGAUAUGUAGAAAGUACCAUCGCUGACACCGAUAAAUGGUGUGACACAGACAGCGAGUGUCCUGAUGAUAAGAAGUGCUGCCCACACAGCAAAGGAACUGUCUGCAAGACCCCUGCUGCAGAGAGACCCGGAACUUGUCCACCCCAACUAAGACAUGAGAGACGUUGUAAUGACAACUGUACGUCUGACAGUGAGUGCGCUCCUGGACUGAAAUGCUGUCUUAUGGGAUGUGGACUUACAUGCGUGCCACCACCAGGAGUCCCUGAUGGCUUUUGUCCAGCUGCUAUGCCCGGUAUCCCCAUCUGUAUUGUUCCCUGUGAGAACUGUCCAGCGGGUCAGAAAUGCUGUCCACGAGAAUGCCGAGACAUGUGUGUCCCCACCGUGCCGGAAAAACCCAGAACCUGUCCUGCACCACCUUCCGUGUGCAUCCGUGAAAGUCAUGACAUAUGUGAUGGAGAUAAGACGUGUCCUGGUGAACAGAAGUGUUGUCAAUAUAAAUGUGGGCAGGCAUGUGUGCCACCAGUUUAAGGUGCGUUAUUUUCAUCCAGUAUGGACACAAAGAAAACAUCAUAGUCACAAUCGUCUGAGUAAUAGUGAGCAGUUUAUUUGGGAGCAAAUGUUCCGGAAUGAAAUAUAUAUGAUUAUGCUUUAUAGCCUUCAGCAAAUGAUAAUAAAUUGAACACAGAAGCAUG